AUGGCUUUCACCACGAGAAAAGUUUUUCAAGUAGGCGAUGAGGUAGAAGUGUGCAGCAAGCAAGACGGGUUUCACGGUUCGUAUUAUGAAGGAAUUGUAACUGAAAACUUGGGGGACAAGUAUAAGGUGAAGUACAAGAACCUGGUGGAGGAGGAUGAUAUGUCCACCGCUCUGGAAGAGCUAGCGGAGGUGGACGAGGUCCGGCCUGUGUGUCCUAAAGUUUGGCCUGACUUUUUUCCCGGCGAGAGGGUUGAUGCGUUCGCCAACGACGGUUGGUGGGCAGGCAUCAUUACUAGGAAGAGUGGAGACGACUGGUUUGUCUACUUUCCAAGCACUUUUGAGCAUAUAGCUUACCCUAUGGGUUUCUUGCAAUGGACGGGCCUUCUCUUGCGAGGGAAAGCCGCUGUCUUGCCAGAAGAGACUGAGUAUUGUGAUGGGAGGAUCAUCAUCGACAUCUGUUAA